AUGCAUGGUGAGAAAGGACCGGAAAACAUCAUGAGGAUAAAUACCAAAAAGGAUUUGGGCUUCUGGGUCUCCUCAAACUUGUCCUUCUCACUGCACCGUAAGAAAUCGGCCCAAAAGGCAUUCGCCAUUCUACGGAUUAUCCGACUCGAUUUCUCCCGAAUCACUCGCAUGGACUUCCGAAUACUCUAUGGGGCCUACGUCAGACCACUCCUGGAGUACGCCAACAAGGUUGUCUACUCAGGGCGCACGAAAGACGCCACCCUCAUUGAGCGUGUCCACUUAUUGUUUUGGCCUACCCAAAUGAAAAGUUCCACAAGUCUAACCAGAGAAAGCGUGUCGCAGCAACGCAGUAUACCUGAACUGCUUUUAUGGGCUCAGUUAUUUCAUUCUGGGUCAGCAAGUGAAUUCGACUAUGGCCAGCUGACGGAUGGAGGCCUUUUCCGAAAAAUCCUUCAGGAACUUGAAGGGAGGACAAUUGAGGAUGUACGUUGGUGCGAUGCCGCAGAUAACGUGAAGGACCGGUUGAGCAACUGGCAUUUCCUGGCACAAAAUAUUCGUAAUUAUUAUUUGGAAGCUCUCCAAGAAGUCAUUAUAGUACGACCGCCUAACAUCGUCCUUUUGAGCAGGCGACCAAAAUCUGCUCGCGCUCACCGAGAACUGGAGCAAUUUCUGCUGUUGCUUCUUUGUGCAGCUGUGCGCUGUGAACGUCGGGAUCACUUUAUUUGUCAGAUCAUGGAGAAUCUUAGUCCCGAUAUACAGGCUGGGAUAAUGAACUGCAUAACCAAUUUCACUGAAAACCCUAUUUCUGUGAUGAGCUUUGAAAAGCUUCAAUCAUCGCCGUCUGAUUUGUCGCUUGUCAUACGGGACGCUAUGAACCAACUGGAGGAGGUUUAUUUGGAAGAAAUCCGAGAUUUACUCGACCAGCUGAGCACCGUGCAAACGAAGUUGACCACACUUCAAGCCCGCGUCCGAUUGACCAGUCGCGGCCGGGCCUUAUCUUUGGGACGGGUAAAUUUGCACGAACGAUCUGUUUCCACAAUAUCUCUGGGCGAUCCCACUCGAGGUGAGGUAACAACGUCGACGCCCAAACUGAACUAUGACACAAGUGAACGCUCAAACAGCCCAAGAAAGUAUGCAAAACGCUUUUUCGACGGUGAGGAUGAACAAUAUCACUCAACUAAUGACCAGAACUGUCCUACGCCACAGCCACAACAAUCCUUUAUGGUAUCCGACAGUCCGGCGGAUGUUCCCUGUGACGAGGACGAUUACGUGGACUCCGCAUUCUGUCCUGGCAGUUUCGUUCUUGAAGAUCCAGAAUCAGUUGCAGAUGUGUACCCGGACGCUUUAGACUGUUUCCAACUUCACGCAGAGAAGCAUCACGUCUCAGUUGAAUUGGCCGAGACUAAAGCCAAACUUAGGCGGGCGCGUGCAGAAAUAGAGGAUCAAGUGGAUCAACUAAACGAGCUUCAUGAUCAACUGAGUGAGACCAGACGAGAGCUUGGCCAGGUCAAAGAAGAGCGCGCCCGAUUGGCUGAUGCAGCUCACUCGGCCAGACACUGGCAGGAUGAGGUAGAUGCCUUACGCGAGGCUGCCGAACGAGUACAGUUAUUAGAGUCAGAGAAUGCAAGGCUGAAGGAUCGAAUGCACGAGGUUGAUUAUUACAAGGCCCGGUGCGAACAACUAACUGGUGAUUUGAACGCCCUAAGUGACGAGCACCUGAAACAGGCAAGUCAACGGACUGAUGAAGAUGCUGCUUCCUUGAGGUGUAUUAAUUUGGAGCAAGAAUUGGCUAAAACGCGUGCCAGGCUGGCUGAAGUUGAUUUACUACGCAGUGCAGACCUGGAUGAAUUCCAAAAGCUUCGUGAGGAGUUUGGUCGGCUGAAGUUAGAACAAUCUACCCGUGAUUGUGCUAAACCCGUCAAACAAACACAACGUCGUGGACUUCAUAAGUCUAAACCUCUAGAAUCGACGGCAGAUAUCAGUGAUAACGAUGCCUCAGAGAGCCAGACUAGCAUAUCAGAUGUUGUACCAUUGCCCAAUCUUUCUUCUCAACUAGCGGAGUCUGUAUCUACUCGCCUUGACCGUCUCGAAUCCGACAAUCGCCGGCUUUUGGAGGAAUGCAACUUCGCUAAACAGACAGCAUGUGAAAUCACGGAUAAGUUGGCUGACACGGAAGCUCGUCUGGCCGAAAAAAUCCGUACAAACCAACUUAUGACCGAAAAGCUCAGCAGGAUAGAAACUUUAGCAACUACCCAGACCGAACAAAUCCGCCAACUCGAGUUAGAACGCUCAAAAGCCGAGACUGAAACUGCGAAGGCACGAGAGGCUUUAAUCCGUCUGCAACAGACAUCCGACCAGCAUAUUGCCGAACUCUCAAAAGAAAACAAUUUCCUCACUGAAACAAUGACGUUACUUCGGGGAAGUGUGAAUGAUCACGCCUCGAGUGAUGACCAGUUGGCUCGUCUUCAGAAGGAAAACAGUAUGCUUGGAGAAGCUGCGCAAACGGCAACUAGCCGAAUGGCUCGUGCUGAACUAGAGCUUAGCCAAUUACGUAUGCGCCAGAAUUGCAUGGAUGAAAUGGAGACACUGAUAGACUCUCUGAAGGUUGAGCGAGAUAAGCUGAGUGCAUUGCUGAUUUCGACCAAUUUGGAGAUCACAUCGCUCCGGGAGACAUGUCAAAGACAGUCAGCUUUGGAAUCGACGAUCGUCGAGGUCGAAGGUGAAUGCGCUCGUCUCCGAAGUCAACUUGAAUCGGAACGGAGCGCCAAUGUUCUAAGAGGCAGCUUCGAGAGUGAGGCCAAUCGGUUGAUUGAGAAGACUGCACAGUGUGAUCAACUUCAGGAAUCUCUUAAGGUUGCUGCUGAUACUAUUAAUAAGCUCGAGGCGGAACGAGACAAGCUGACUGAACGUGUUUUGGAACUAAAGCAGCAACUUGCUUCCAGAAAAGCGGUCGCUUCGGAUGGACACGAUAGAGACCCAGUAUUGGACGCGGAUGCUGAAGCUGGAGAUGAUGAAGAUGAGGAUGGUGAGGUAGACAGUGGAAACAAAACGGGUGAUUCAACUGAAGAAACCUCACCGGACCAGUUUGCUCAUGGUCGUUCCAGACGGAAAGUGUAUAGCCUCAGCUCUGGCUCAAACCGACAUAGGGACCGAAGACGCAGGACAAGGGCUGGUUUAGAGUCCGAAAUUCAGCGCUUGGAGACGGAAUCUGAACGGAUGGAGGAACAGUAUAUCGCCACAAAGAGACAACUAGAUGAAUGUGGAGAUCAGAUCCUUCAGAAGGAAUCUGUCAUUUCGGAGCUGAGGAGUGAUCUUGAAAGGGCAGUAACGACGAAUCGGUCAAAAGAAGAAAAGAUUGAAUACUUACAAUCCGAGCUAACGCGGUUACAGUCUUUGCUAGCAUCAACAGAGAAGGAGCUGCGUCGACUGAAGAACGAGCUGCGAGAAGUUCAAAGUGAUCCGAGUUCCACCGAAGCAGUGAAAUAUUUGAUUUCGCGGAUCGAACAUUUGGAGCGUCAGCUUUCGAAAUCAGCGGCCGCACAUCAGGGUGCUUUGAGACAAAAAGAGGCUCACAUUGAGCAGCUGGAAAGAGAGCACUCGGAAACGUACGAGCAGCUGAGUUCAGAACGAAAAAUGGUUCUUACCCUCCGGGCGCAGCUGGUAGAAGAGAAAAUAAAGGUGCAACAGAAGUCCUCCUUGUUUGACUGGAUCACAAACGCCUUGAAACAACUUGGUGUUCCAAAGUCUAGACUGGAGGAGCUGUUCAUCACAGAGAAUACUGAUGAUUGUGCCGAACAACUUGAAAUCCUUAUACGAAGCCACAUAACGAAGCAAGUGAAAGAGAGGGAUAAGGAAAUCCAGUGCUUGAAGCAACAGUUGCGAGGAUCUUCCGUCACACUCUCAUCCGAUUCACAUCGUUCUGUUGAUGAUAUCUGCAACUACGGUCCAGUUGGUUAUACUGCCUCAGUGGGGAAGAACCACAGGUCGGCAGACGAACCUGAAAACUUGGAACAACCCAAAGACUGCAUGAUUCAAAACAACCUUCAUGAGGAGUUCCAGCCGAAAGACGAUGUCAAAGUCGGAGAUCAAAUUGGACAGUUCGUUUCAGUCCAGCCACAACUCAAUGAACUUAUCGGUACAAACGCGCGCCUCCAGGUCGAAAACACCACUCUGCACAGCCAUGUAGACAGUUUAAAUGCACAAAAUUCAAAGCUUUCAAACCGAUGUGUCGAACUUGAAGCGGAAACAAAACGCCUACGUUCGAUGGUUGAAUCGGCCCAUACAGCAGAGAUAAACGUGUCUGCAGACUACUAUCACCUGCAAAAGCUGCAUGAAAGACUCAGUCAGGACUUUGAAUCGUUGACAAGAGAUUUGAAGGAAUCAAAAGAAACUCAAAGGCGGCUUAAGAAUGAUUUGUUUAAUGCGCGUACACAGUUGGGGAAGCUACAGUCGGCGUCUGAGGAGGUACGCAAUUUGAAGGAGGCGCUUGAAUCGGAGAGAGGAAAUUUGAAAGGCGAAGCGAGGCAAAUUGUUCUGUUAAGAGAAGAUUGUGCUAGAUUACGAAGUCAAGUUGAAUUGAUAACGGAGUCGCGGGAUCGGGAACGCAUGGAGAAAGUGGCUGCCAUUGAGAAAGUCCGCGAGUAUCGCCGACAGCUUGACCAGACAGAGGAUCGAGCAAGCCAGAUCAACUUGGAACUGGAAACCCGGCAAAAUGUGGACAAGAAGCUCCAGACAGAUCUAGCCGAGUUGCGAUCUCGAGUGCAGAUUGUUACCGAAGCCAAUAACAGGCUGGAAGGAGAAAAUCGCUCGUUGAUGUUGCAACUCCAAGGUUUAGUUGGACAAAAUCAAGAACUUCUGACGUCAACUCUGGAAACGUGUGGAAAGAGAGUUACCGAGGAACGUGCUUUAAGGGCCAAUCGAAGGAUGAACUUGAUGCAAAAAGCCCGCGCUGCACUAGUCAAGCGUAAGGAUUUAAACACAACUCCACCGAAACGGGCAACCGUGUCCGGGACAAUUCGUGGCUGCGGACAAUCAAGCAACAAUUCAGAAUUUUCACAAUCCAAAGAUUCAGUGCCCACCGAAACGGGCUCAUCGCCCGGCAUGAUCAUAUCACCAAACAAGCGCCUAACACCCGGUUCCGUGUCAAUUUACGACCGACAUCCAGACGAGUUGGACACCGGAGAGUUUCAAGCUUUUCUUCGUCGUCUCGAAGCAUCUAGCAAAACGGAUCAUGCCCAUCGACCAAAAGUCGACGACAAGACGCAUUCACAGAGGCAAUCAACCGUCCCAGUCCCAAGCUGCGGGGGUCUACUAAAUGCAACUUCGAAUAGAACCGCAACACUGCCGUCGUCGGUGGUUUCAUCAACUGCAGACGCUCUCUGCGGAGCUAAGUAUCCUAACGGAGACCAAGCAAACCACGAACAGUCACAAAGGACGUCUAAGCUGUGUCGCUCCAUAUCUUCGCAACUGAUAGAUGGAAACCAGAAGCAUCAUUUUCCACACAUGUCCACGCAUGGCGGUAAUCUGUCCACCAAUCCGGCUCGUUCGGUUCUGUCUGAUCAGACCUCAGCAAAGGUGCCAGACAACGGGAAUGCUGCAGGCAACGCUCGGUCGCAACUCAAGUCGGCCAAUCAACAACCACUCCCGGCGACAGAACGAUGCGAGAAACAACUACGCGAGAUUGUGACCACCAAAUCAACAUACGAUGAAGUCGGUUCAGGGUGCCACAGUCGCCAGGGCUCGGGAACCAUGAUGUUUUUUUAUCAUCUGACUCAGUUCACUCUGUUCCCCUAUGGUUUAGUAUCCCGGAGCUCUAGCAUGCGGUCUUUCACAUCUUCGCCUCGGCCGAAUUCUCACAGAGCAAACGGACCGGAUACAUCUGCAUUCGCCGCCCCUAGCAGAAACACGACGAACACUGCGGUUUCCGUUCACCGAAGUCCUUCAAUAUCCCAGCCGUGUGAAUCAGAACAGGGGGCUUCAGCGGCGGAGGAACGGAAAAUCAGGGAGAAUGUCUCGGAAAACCCGGGGUUCAGAGGCUCAGAAUGUCCAAGUAAUGCCUCCUCCGUAUGUCGCAGUGGGAGCAUGGCGAGUAACUUGGACUGUCACGUAGUGAACGGCAGAGUACCAUUUGGUUCACGAGAUUCGAACGGUCCUCGAACAGGCGAUAAACAACCUAUCGCUCUGGAGGUCGUCGGCAAGCCAAGAGUACUGUUAGAGUACGGAAACCUUUAAUUUCAACCUGCAGCUUUUUUACAUCUUGCUUUUCUUUUGGAAACGAAAACGGCUGUGGUCAAUAAUAUCAUACGUAAAGCAUAUUAUUACUUAUAUCAACAGUACGGCUAUCGUGUCCGAUUAAUAGCUAUCACCCUGGACCAAGUUCAUUGUGCUUUACUUUUACUCCCCCACUUGCCUACUUCACAUGUGAGUUUUUUAUGAUACAUUCAAUUCACUGUGAGCACACGAUUAUCGUAUAAAUUAUGCACCAGCCAAAGCGUAUGUACAGUUUUCUUUUCUAUGAACACUAUUUCUUCGAAAUAAAAACAUUGCGUACGAUAAGAUGCGUCAAAUGAAAACAAGACGGGACUUUUGAGAAACGUCUGUAUUAUGUGCAUAUUUACAUGCUGCCGUUCAUCUUGUCAUUGUCGUCAUAGCUGCGGUCAGUGCGGGAAAAGCCUGUAGCUUGCUCACGACUAGCUUCUGUUGUUGGUGGGCCAGGUAUCCCUUAAUUUUACCCUG